AUGGCCUCUUGCAGCGCAGUGACUGGGCUAGACGCCGACGAGGGGAAGCCCGUUCGAACUCACUGCAACGUAACAAAAAGGCCCUGCCGGGAAGCGCGUUAUGUUGUAGGCGGUCCAGACCUUGGGCCAGGAGUAGCCGUUUUGGGUGACACCGAGAUUGCUGCCCGUCUUACACUGGUUGCCAUGUACCUUGAUGGCGUGGGAAGCGAAAAACGUGCUCGUGUAAGCGAAGAGGACCAUUGUACAAGAGUAUUGGACCAUCCAAGGAAGAAGAAUCACUGCCUGCAUCCCCCUUACAAUGUACCUGAAUCUGUCCAAUCGUGCCCAUCCGACACGACCGUGGGGAUUGCCCUUUUGCCCUGGGUGGCUCUUUUGGCAUCCAAAUUGCCCCCCCUCUACAAGUUCCAAGGGUCGUGGGGGGUUACAUUCAUCGUGCAUGCCAGGCUUGAUCCUCCUUGUUCAUAA